AGAGGUCGUUCUUUCUUCGACAGACAAACUAGGGAGUGCUUAGUUCUUCACUGAUGUGGGCGUUUCACAGUCCCCAGCCAACGCAACCACCGUCACUGUCCAACCCACCUCGUACUUCUCCGAAACUACCUUCCUCUUCUCUUACCUUAAACCCCUCCAUCUCCACCUCAAACCUCAACAACAAUCAACUAAUCCAAUCCUUAUGCAAGGAAGGCAACCUUAAACAAGCCUUCAAGCUCCUUUCCCAGGAACCCAACCCUUCUCAAAGAACCUACGAACUCCUUAUCCUUUCCUGCGCCCACCAAAACUCCCUCUCCCUUGCCCAAUCCCUUCAUUCCCAUAUUUCCCAAAAUGGGUUUGACCAAGAUCCUUUCUUGGUCACCAAACUUAUUUCUAUGUACUCUGCUUUGGAUUCCCUCGAUGAUGCUCGCAAGUUGUUCGAUAAAACGCGUAAGAGAACAAUUUUUGUUUGGAAUGCGCAUUUUCGAGCGCUUACUUUGGCUGGUUUUGGAGAAGAAGUUUUGGGUUUAUAUAGACAGAUGAAUAGAACUGGAAUCCCAUCGGAUAGAUUUACUUAUACUUAUGUGCUUAAAGCUUGUGUUGCUUCUGAGUGUUUAGUUUCGCUUUUAAAGAAAGGAAAAGAAAUUCAUGCUUAUAUUUUGCGACAUGGGUACGAAGCGCAUGUUCAUAUUAUGACUACUUUGGUGGAUAUGUAUGCGAGGUUUGGUUGCGUUUCGUGUGCGAGUUUUGUGUUUGGGGAGAUGCCCGUCAGGAAUGUGGUUUCUUGGAGUGCAAUGAUUGCCUGUUAUGCGAAAAAUGGGAAAUCGUUUGAGGCGUUGGAGCUUUUUAGGGAAAUGAUGGUUGAGACUCAUGAUUCCUUUCCGAAUUCUGUUACCAUGGUUAGUGUUCUUCAAGCUUGUGCAGCUCUGGCUGCUUUGGAGCAAGGGAAGUUGAUUCAUGCUUAUAUUCUCAGGAGAGGGCUUGAUUCAGUUUUGCCGGUUAUAAGUGCACUUAUUACAAUGUAUUCACGAUGUGGUAAGCUUGAAUUGGGGCAACGGAUUUUUGAUCAGAUGGAGAAAAGGGAUGUUGUGUCAUGGAAUUCAUUGAUCUCAAGUUAUGCAGUUCAUGGAUUUGGGAAGAAAGCAAUUCAAAUUUUUCAAGAGAUGAUUCAUCAAGGUGUCUCGCCAAGUCCUGUAACUUUUGUUAGCGUUUUAGGAGCUUGCAGCCAUGCAGGUCUUGUUGAAGAGGGAAAAUGGUUGUUUGAUUCGAUGCAUAAAGAACAUGGAAUAUAUCCUAGUGUCGAGCACUAUGCUUGUAUGGUUGAUCUUCUUGGUCGUGCCAAUAGGUUAGAAGAGGCAGCUAGGAUUAUAGAUGAAAUGCGGAUUGAGCCAGGGGCUAAGGUUUGGGGCUCACUUCUUGGCUCAUGUAGGAUCCAUUGUAAUGUUGAUCUAGCAGAGAGAGCUAGCAGUAGGCUAUUUCAACUUGAACCCGUCAGUGCUGGGAAUUAUGUACUUUUAGCUGAUAUAUAUGCAGAAGCUAAGAUGUGGGAUGAGGUAAAGAGAGUGAGGAAGCUGUUAGAAACUCGCUCACUGCAAAAAGUUCCAGGCAGAAGUUGGAUUGAAGUCAAAAGGAAAAUAUAUUCAUUUGUUUCAGUUGAUGAGUCCAACCCUCAGAUCGAGGAAAUCCAGUCGUUUUUAAUUAAACUAUCUGCAGAGAUGAAGGAGAAGGGAUAUGUGCCGCAAACUAAAGUCGUGCUCUAUGAUCUCAACGAAGGAGAGAAGGAACGGAUUCUACUGGGUCACAGUGAAAAACUGGCAGUUGCAUUUGGACUCAUCAAUACAAAUAAAGGGGAGACAAUCCGGAUAACAAAGAAUUUGAGGUUAUGUGAAGACUGCCACACACUGACAAAGUUCAUUUCCAAGUUUGCAAAUAAAGAGAUUCUGGUUCGUGAUGUGAAUCGCUUCCACCAUUUCCAGAAUGGGGUUUGUUCAUGUGAUGAUUAUUGGUAGUUUUAUCUUUUCUUCCCCCUUUUUCUCCUUUCAAGUAUCGGAAAAUAAGGCAAAGCAGAGUUUAAUCUCUGUCAUAAGACUACAAAGAGAUUCACAGAUGUAUAGGAAACAAGCUUAAUUGGUUUGUCAUUGUUAUGUUUUUGACCUCUUUCCCCCAUAAUUUAAAUUGCCAGUUCUUUUUCCA